AAUCGACCCGUGACAAGUUGCUAGUGAAGUUCCUAAGUGUGAAGAAAGCCCGGCAGGCGCAGGCUGUAAUUGGAGAGUAAAAUGGCGCUGAGUUCUCAAGGAACAAAGAAGAAAGUUUGCUAUUAUUAUGAUGGUGAUGUUGGGAAUUACUACUAUGGACAGGGUCACCCUAUGAAACCCCACCGAAUACGCAUGACCCACAACCUCCUCCUUAACUAUGGCCUCUAUAGGAAAAUGGAAAUUUAUAGGCCUCAUAAGGCCAACGCUGAAGAGAUGACCAAGUAUCACAGUGACGACUACAUCAAGUUCCUCCAUUCAAUCCGCCCAGACAACAUGUCUGAGUACAGCAAACAGAUGCAGAGAUUUAAUGUAGGGGAGGAUUGUCCUGUCUUUGAUGGCUUAUUUGAAUUCUGUCAGCUCUCAACAGGUGGUUCUGUUGCUGGAGCAGUGAAACUCAACAAACAGCAGACAGAUAUUGCUAUUAACUGGGCAGGAGGUCUUCAUCAUGCCAAGAAAUCUGAGGCAUCUGGUUUCUGCUAUGUAAACGACAUCGUACUGGCCAUUCUGGAACUUCUCAAGUACCAUCAAAGAGUCCUGUACAUUGACAUUGACAUUCAUCAUGGUGAUGGAGUUGAGGAAGCCUUCUACACAACAGACCGUGUCAUGACUGUGUCCUUCCACAAGUAUGGAGAGUAUUUUCCUGGUACAGGAGACCUCAGAGAUAUUGGUGCAGGAAAGGGAAAGUACUAUGCUGUGAAUUACCCACUCAGGGACGGUAUAGAUGAUGAAUCUUAUGAAGCCAUAUUCAAACCUAUCAUGGCCAAAGUGAUGGAGAUGUACCAGCCGAGUGCUGUGGUUCUGCAGUGCGGUGCUGACUCUCUGUCUGGAGACAGAUUGGGCUGCUUCAACCUUACCAUCAAAGGACAUGCUAAAUGUGUGGAGUACAUGAAAAGCUUUAACCUGCCCAUGCUCAUGCUGGGAGGUGGAGGCUACACCAUCAGGAAUGUGGCCCGCUGCUGGACCUUCGAGACUGCUGUAGCACUGGACAGCACCAUUCCAAAUGAGCUCCCGUACAAUGACUACUUUGAGUAUUUUGGACCUGAUUUCAAACUCCACAUCAGCCCCUCCAACAUGACCAAUCAGAACACAAAUGACUAUCUGGAAAAGAUCAAACAGCGUCUGUUUGAGAACCUGCGAAUGUUGCCACACGCCCCAGGUGUGCAGAUGCAGGCAAUCCCAGAGGAUGCUGUUCAGGAAGAUAGUGGAGAUGAGGAGGACGACAAGGACAAACGCAUUUCAAUCCGUGCCCAUGACAAGCGGAUAGCCUGUGAUGAGGAGUUCUCAGACUCUGAGGAUGAAGGACAGGGCGGCCGGAGAAAUGCGGCCAAUUACAAGAAGCCUAAACGAGUGAAGACUGAAGAAGAAAAGGAUGGAGAAGAGAAGAAAGGGGAGCCAACAGAUGUUAAAGAGGAGAAGGCUCCAGAAGAGAAAAUGGACACAAAGGGGCCAAAAGAAGAAUUAAAACCAGUCUGAAAAAGGCUGCUCGGUCGUCACGGAUGCAUGAACUUUCAUUCACAUACACAUUUAUCUUCUCACACGUCAAACAUGCUUGAUGUUAGCCCCAGAGCUAAAGACUGUAAAUUAUUUUGUAAGACUCAUUUUACUAUUUGUAAUCUAAUGAAGCAGUAUAAAGGUUUUUUUACAUUAUAAGUGUGAAAUGAAAUAUGUACCUUUUUCUUUGUUCUUUUAGUGCUUUGAAAACUCUCCUUUUUUCCUUGACUUUGUUACUGUUUUACCAACAAUAGCACCUCAAACAGGACCAGAGACAGCACAAAUAUUUCUCUCCCAUCACGGAGGUCCCCUCUUUUUAGAAGUUGUUUUAAAUCAUGGACUCGCACAUAUAGGUCUCCUUUAUUUGGUUUUGAUUUUCACUGUGGAUGCUGUUUGUUCAGUGUCUUUUACCUCGUUUUUAUUAAGGUGUCUGUAUUGAUGGCUGUUCUGAACUUCCCCUGUCUGGUGGGGCAUGGCAAAGGCUUGCUGUAUUGCUGUUAGAUUCCAGUUUUCCUUUCUAUUGUGGUUGCUCUAGCAAGUCAGUCACAUGGCUGACCGGAUUUAGCCAUUUGGAGUUCCAGAGUUCUGUGGUUGUGAAAUGUCCUUAUUAUAACAAUGACUUUGUUAAAGAAAAUAAAUAAAAAAU